AUGAGAACAUUACGUGCCCUUCGACCCCUGAGAGCAGUGUCUCGAUGGGAAGGAAUGAGAGUGGUAGUAAAUGCUUUAAUAAAAGCAGUACCCUCCAUCUUUAACGUGCUCUUGGUCUGCUUGGUCUUCUGGCUAAUCUUCAGUAUUAUGGGCGUGCAAUUAUUUAAUGGCAAGUUCCAUAAGUGUGUGUAUAAAGAAAACGGUUCCGUAGUACCAUCUACUGAGGUUGAUAACAGAACUGAAUGUGAAGAAAACAGUGCUAUAUAUGAAUGGAAAAAUUCACCAAUUAAUUUCGACAACGUAUUAAAUGGAUACCUGGCCCUAUUUCAAGUGGCCACAUUCAAAGGAUGGAUUAAUAUCAUGGCUGAUGCAACAGAUAUCAGAGAUAUAGGGCAACAACCUAUUCGGGAACAUUCAAUUUUGAUGUACCUUUAUUUUGUUUUAUUUAUUAUUUUUGGAUCAUUCUUCACCUUGAACCUUUUCAUUGGUGUCAUUAUAGAUAACUUUAACCAACAAAAAAAGAAGGCCGGUGGAUCUUUGGAAAUGUUUAUGACAGACGACCAGAAAAAAUAUUACAAAGCCAUGAAGAACCUUCAAUCAAAAAAACCCACCAAAGGCAUUCCAAUGCCUAAGUUCAAAAUCGCUGAAUGGAUGUUCCAUUUAACAACUAAUCAGAAGUUUGAUAUAGCAAUCAUGAUGAAACACAGCCUCUCUUCUAAAAUAGGAUAUAUUUCUUCCCUACCUGAUCCAGAGAAGAACCUUUCCACUUAA